AUACAAACAUGCCAUGGCUUAAUCCAAUUUUUCAUACACUUGUCAUAAGCUUGGGGAGAAUGGACUUCAGUGCCUUCAGCGAUUUUUGGAUCGCCAUUCGCCAAAUUGUUGGACAGUUUCGACGUUAUAUAUAUACACCCACGUCUCCUCACCAGUAAUUAUGCAUUUGAAGAUGGUAGAGUCUUCAGUUAGAUUGUCAAGCAUACCUUUGCGACCGCUAUUCGACGUCGUUUCUGCAUUAAAUUCAGGUUUUUUGGUACGAGACUAGCAUUGACACGCUUCAUACCCAAAACAUGAUGGUUGGUCGAUCCAUAAGAGAUGCUAUUUUUCUAAAGCCAAUAUGGCAAUUUUCAGGCACUGUUUCUUCAACUUUUUCGAUUUUAAAGAUAAACUUUUCGACUCUUAAAUUCACACGAACAUCAAAAUUGUUAUAUCAAUCUAAGAAAAAAAUCCGGGUCAAAUUUGAUAUGUAUUUAUAUAUUCGGGAGAACUAAUACUAUUCCAAAGAUAAGUUCACUUAUUGCUUUAAUCGAUCUUGAAAUUCCCAAGUCAAAAAGUCAACGCUCUUUGGGAAUAACUACAGCCACAGAGAGUCAUGAGAAAUCCAUUAUAUUUUAAUAAUUUUAUAUAUUUUCUUUGAAUUUUUCGAAAACUCACAAAUUCUUUCAGUGUAUUAAUUCAUUUAUAAUUCUUCGCAAAAGUCUUAGUAUAACUAUAAAAAUUUAAAUAUUAAAAAAAAAAAAAACAGCAAUGAUUCGCAAUCGUAGAAAACCGCAAGGUCGAAAACGCGCAGGCAAUCGCCGAAAAGUGUGUAGCAAACGAAGUCGCGAACGCCGAAGAAUCGAACGCGAACAGGAGAAAUUGCGCAAAAUGUCAUUAAAAUUUGGCAAAACGAUUGCUCCGAACUUUGGGCGUGCUUUUGAAAAUAGCAAACGUCAACUCACGCGACAUCCGUAUUUGAAUUAUUUGCGACACUUCAAAAGCAAGCAUCCACGUUACGGGUUCGCGCGCAUCUUGCGUGAAGGCGCCAAGUCGUGGAAACGUCUGGCACCCGAAGAAAAGGCAAGCUACACGCAAAAGGAGGUGCUAAAAUCGAUACGUGAUGAAGAGAAGUUACAGCGCGAUUUAAAAUUAUUACCAACCAGUUCUUUACAGUUCGACUAUUGUCCCCAAUCGCUUAGUACCAAACGCAAUAUUGAAAGAAAGUUGCGCAAUCGUCAAAAGAUACCGCGGCCUGAUCAAGGAAGGGGAGAGCGAAAACCUGUUAGACCAAAUAUAUGGUGGAAUUUUUAAUGAGCUCAACAAAAUGAAUUGAGUUGCAACUAAUCGUUGUAAUUUUCUUUUGAAAUAUAUUAAUUACACACUUUCUGUGCAUAUGUUUCGUAAAGAUUUUAUUGUACUUUAAGAUGUGUGUACCUAUUGUGCUGAAUUGCUAUUGCGUAUGUAUUUGUAUGCGAAACGAAGUAUAGAAAAUGCUUAAUAAAUACCGUAAACAUUUA